UUUGUAGCUGCGGAGCUCGAACCUUGCGUCAGUCUCGCGUCGCGACUCACCUCGAUCGAUCGAUCGAACGCAGUCUGUCCGCUCCCUCACUGAGAUUACUAUACACCGUCUACCUGUCAACUACCACAGUGAUCGUAGGUGACUGGUGAACGGGUACGGUUCACUCCUCUCGCAUUCGGAGAACGAUCGAAGCGUGUCGAUUCCGUUCUGGCAGUGAUUCUCUGUGAACGGACAGUGACACACGAGCCGCAGUUUAUUUAAAUAUUUUCGAUUACACGUUCAUGUCGAAGUGAAUUGUGAAUUAUUUUUACGAAGAUUCUUGGAAGAAUAUAAUAAUAAAAUUACGAGACAAGUAAGGGUCCGGAAUGACUAAAAAGAUCACCCUCUUUUAUAGUCCUUGGACAUUUUGAAGUGAGAAAGUAUAAACAGAUUGGAAAGUGAAGAAUUCUUCUAAUACUGCAGCCAUUAAUUAUCGUGUUGAUCCGUGUUAUUUCGGUGUCAGUGGGUCGAAAUAGAUUUAUGAAUGAGCGUCGACAGGGGUUUAAACAUGCUGCACAAGCAUGAAAGCAGCAGGUCUCGGUUUCAUCAGAUGAAACCCCGAUACGAGGACAGGAAUGCCUUUCUCAAAUCCAUGUCGGAGUUCCCAGUGGAGGGAGGGGAGAACGGUGACAUGCACUCUGUCAUGCAGAAUUUUCAGAAGAAAAAUAAUCUAGCGGGCAGAAGCCAUGUCACUCAUCAUCCACAGGUCACAUCAUCGUCGCAGAUGCUGACGACGAACCAGAGCCAGAGCAGCAGCAGUUCGAGCAGGGUGGCCAAAUCCUCUCAGAGGAUUCUUACCUCGUCCUCGUCGAGUGAGAUGAAAGCUAGCUCCAUGAAGAGCGACCUGAGGGAACUUCAACGUGGCAUAUCUGAGAUGAAGAACAAUAUAUCGACGAACUUCUCGCAGCGAUUACGCAGCAGCAUGGAAAAUCUCGUGGAUAGGGAUGGAAACGGAACGGAAGAAGCUGAUCUGACAGAACCGUUGGUAACGUUUCCGGACCCGGACACACCACCACCCUCCACGGGAACGGUCACAUUAACGGGAGGUUCGCCCUCUCAAUUAAGGGACUUGAAUUCGUUGAACAAUCUUCACAGUAUGAGCCCUCCAAUCAGUAUAUCGAACAUAUCGAACAUGACGAACCUACCUGCUGGACAGGAGACGAUGAAAUUCGAGCAGAAAAAGAUGACCAGCGCAUCCAAGACUAAGGUAUGAUUUUUCUCUUAUGUUUC